GUGUUCAUUGUUGAAGUGAAAACAGAGGGUGCUGUGGUGUCUCUGUUUUUGGCUCUUUCAUUCGUAACUCUCACACACAACGCAACCCUUUUAGUUUUUCUCGCCAUCUUCCGAAACUGACCAACCAUUUUCUUGGGAUGUAAAAUAUUUCCCCUUUUCUCUGCUCUUUUUUCAUCAUUAUUCACUUCUUCUUCUUCUUCUUUCUCUAACCAGAACGAACAAAUGGGGUUGGUGAGCAGUUUCUUGGGGAUUCUUGGUUUCGCCGUUGGAAUACCUCUUGGCCUCUUUGUGGGGUUCUUUCUCUUUGUCUACUCAGAAACCAAACAUGUCAAGGACCCUGUUGUUAGGCCUAUAAGUGAAUUAGGCCCAAAUGCUUUGCAGGAACUUCUGCCCGAGAUUCCUCUCUGGGUGAAGACGCCUGAUUAUGAACGAGUUGAUUGGUUGAACAAGUUUUUAUUGGAUACGUGGCCUUUCUUAGAUACGGCAAUUUGUAAGAUUAUUAGAAGCAGGGCUCAACCAAUAUUUUCCGAAUACAUUGGCAAGUAUCAGAUCAAAGCGAUUGAGUUUGAUAAGUUAAGCCUUGGUACUCUUCCUCCUACUGUCUGUGGUAUUAAAGUUUUAGAAACAAAUGGAAAGGAAUUGGUCAUGGAACAAGUUAUCAAAUGGGCUGGCAAUCCAGAAAUAGUGUUGUCGGUGUAUGUGGCCUCUUUGAAGAUCACCGUUCAGUUGGUAGACUUACAAAUAUUUGCAGCACCACGAGUUACUUUAAGACCUUUGGUGCCAACAUUUCCAUGUUUUGCAAAUAUUGUGGUAUCUUUGAUGGAGAAGCCUCAUGUGGAUUUUGGGAUGAACGUAUUAGGAGGGGACAUCAUGUCAAUACCUGGUCUCUAUAGAUUUGUACAGGAAACAAUAAAAAAACAAGUUGCAAACCUCUAUCUCUGGCCUCAAACCCUGGAAAUUCCUAUUCUUGAUGAAUCAUCGGUGGCAAUAAAGAAGCCUGUGGGGAUAUUACAUGUGAAUGUGGUUCGUGCACAAAAGCUUUUAAAGAUGGAUUUGCUGGGAACUUCUGAUCCUUAUGUUAAACUAAGCUUGACAGGAGACAAACUUCCAGCAAAAAAAACCACUGUCAAGAGAAAGAAUUUGAAUCCUGAGUGGAAUGAGAAGUUCAAGCUUGUUGUAAAGGAUCCUCAAUCUCAAGUUCUCCAAUUACAAGUUUAUGACUGGGACAAGGUUGGCGGACAUGACAAGCUGGGAAUGCAGUUAGUCCCUCUUAAAGUGUUAAAGGCGUAUGAGAAUAAAGAAUUUACACUUGAUUUACUCAAGGACACAAAUCUCAAUGAAACUCCAAGUAAGAAGCCUAGAGGUAAAAUUGUGGUGGACUUGACUUUUGUUCCUUUCAAAGAAGAUAGUAGCAAGUUUGGUGGACCUUCAGAAGGAUAUAGCAGGAAGGAAAGUGGAAUUGAUAUCGUAUCUGAUGAUGAGGUCCAAGAAGGAGCUGGUUUGCUUUCAAUUGUGAUCCAAGAGGCUGAAGAGGUUGAGGGGGACCAUCACAACAACCCAUUUGCAGUUCUGACCUUUAGAGGUGAAAAGAAAAGGACAAAGAUGAUGAAGAAAACUCGUCACCCGCGUUGGAAUGAAGAAUUCCAAUUCAUGCUGGAGGAGCCUCCUCAACAUGAGAAGAUACAUAUUGAGGUUAUGAGCAAGAGGAAGAACUUUAGUUUUCUGCCAAAGAAAUCAUUGGGGCAUGUGGAGAUUAACCUAAGAGAUGUGGUGCACAAUGGUCACAUUAAUGAUAAGUACCAUCUAAUAAAUUCAAGGAAUGGGGUGAUGCAUGUUGAGAUAAGAUGGAAGGUGGUUUAAGAAACCAAACUAGUGUGUUAUAAGGUCUUUUUCCAGUAGCCGGGUUUAAAUUCAAUACUGUUAAAUAGAAGAGGCAAACCACACCAUUGAGACAUCCAUAAGAAAUUUUUUCUUUUCGAGCAACAUUUUGGGCACAGAUGUGUAUAUACAAUUCAAUUUUUUAUAAAAGUCUACCACGCUAAUACAUGUAAAGUAACAGCAUUAAAUAUUUGUUAUGAAAUUGAACCAGAGCAUGUCUAUUAAGUAUAA